UUAUAUAUGAAAAAGGGUUUAUUCCAAUGCCUCAAGUCAUGGCUCAUGUGCAGGUACCGACUGUGAAACCUUCUUUUAAUCUUCAAGUUUAUCUUUAAACCUUCAUAAUCUGGAUUGAUUCCCAUCCAAAAUAUAUUAAAGUUUACACCCUUUUUAACGUUUUACCUUUACACCUUUAUGCUUCUUCAUUCCAUUUUUCCUUCCUUCAAAUUUCUUUCUUUUAAACCACCAUUCCAAAAUAUAAAAUAAAUACACUCUGUUUUAGAAAUUCCAACCUCAAAUUUCUUCCAUCUCAACUUAAGUCAACCCCCCCAAAAAAACUCAUGAAUUUCUAUGGUUUUAACCCAGAAAUAUCAUGUCCUUUUCUGGGUGAUCAACAUAAUUUUGAGCCAUCAUUUCCAAAUUACAAUCACCAAAUUAGUUAUGAUGAUAAUAGAAACAGUAUUCAUAAUGUUUCUGCUCAAAUUGAACACCCUCCCUUUGAUGAAUGUCAAAUUGUCCCACUUAAUUUGGGUAGUUUACUACCAAAUGAUCCCUUAGAUCUUACACAAGUUCCAGAAAUUCCAGAUACCUGUUUUAAUUACAUAAAUGAUCUUUUAAGGGAAGAAUACUAUUCCCCAGAUGAUCAUUUGGAUACACCAAACUCAACACUUGAAGAUUACAUGGCUGCUCAAAUGUCCUACAACAAGUCCUUAGAUGCUGCCCUUAACCUUGGUGAGAAUUUUCCAAUUCCAUUUUCUUCUAAUACUUAUCGUGAUCAUCAUCAAUGUCCACCUCCUGGUGUUUCUGAGACCAACCAUCACUGCUUAGAUGAUUACCUUAAUAUGUUUUCAGGCAACAUUAAUAAUAGUAAUACUAGUACUGUUUACUUCCCUCAAAGUGUUUUACAGAGUAGUUUUGUUAAUAAUGAUUUUGGGGGUACUUUUGUUUCAAGUUUACCCUUGGUUGAAUCAUCAUUAUCUCAUGGGGUCGACCCGGUUCCGACCCCGGGGGUUAUGAUUGAUGGAGGUGGAGGUGGUGGAGGCGGUGGAGGCGGAGAGUCGGACCACUUGGAUGAGGCUGCUUUGGGUUUUAUGAUGAAUAAUGCCCUAUUGCAAGCACCAUUAAUUGGACAAAGUGUGGGAAAUUCAGAGGCAUCAAUAUGUCGAAAUAGUGAUCAUAACAAUGGUGAGAAUAACAAUAAUUCGAGGAGAAGGAAGCAUGAUGAAGGGAAUGGGAAGGAACAAGAGGGAAAUGGUGAUAGAAGGAACAAACAGUUAGCACCUAGCAAUGAUGUGGUUGAGCAAAUUGAGCAGUAUGGUGAAGUGAUACUCUGUCCUGAGGGAAGAAGUAAGCCUGGUGCAUUAUGUAAAACAAAGAAUUCGGGUGAUUCUUCAAAGAAGCGAGGCAACAAGGGUCGACAAGUUGUUGAUUUGAGGGGCCUUUUAACACGGUGUGCUCAAUGUAUUGCGCAAGUGAACUUAAAUGGAGCUUAUGAGAUGAUUAAGCAGAUAAGGGAACAUUCGUCUCCCUAUGGAGAUUUCCUCCAAAGAGUAGCACAUUAUCUAGCGAAUGGACUUGAGGCGCGCUUAGAAGGAAAAGGGUUGGAAUUGAGUCAUGCUAAUGAGGAGAUAUCAGCGUCUGAGGUUCUGAAAGCUAAUCGGAUUUAUGUUGCAUCAGUGCCUUUCCAAAUAAUGUCUUAUUACACCAUGAACAAGACAAUUGCAGGACUAGUAAUGGAAGCACCAAGUAUUCACAUAAUUGAUUUUGGGAUUUAUUAUGGUCUUCAAUGGCCUUGCAUUAUUCAGAACCUAUCCAAGAGGCCUAAUGGACCCCCAAGGAUAAGAAUUACCGGCAUUGAUUUCCCUCAACGUGGUUUCAGGCCUUCAGAAAGGGUUGAGGAAACAGGGAGGUGUUUAGCUAAGUAUUGUGAAAAGUACAAUGUGCCCUUUGAAUAUUAUCCUAUAUCAAAGAAUUGGGAGGAUGUUAAGCUUGAGGAACUCAAGAUUGAUAGGAAUGAGCCUCUUGUGGUAAACUGUUUGUAUAGGGCACACUUACUCUUUGAUGAAAGUGUGGAGGAAAAUAGUCCAAGGGAUGCAUUUCUAAAAUUGGUUAGGAAAAUUAAUCCAGAUAUUUUCAUGCACGCGGUGUUGAAUAGCACAUCGAGUGUUCCAUUCUUCUUAAAUCGGUUCAAAGAGGUCAUGUUUCAUUACUCGGCCUUGUUUGAUAUAUUCGAGUCUACUAUGAUGAAGGAAGAUAGUGAGAGGCUAUUACUUGAGAGCAAGUUAUAUGGGCCUGAAGCAUUGAAUGUAAUAGCAUGUGAAGGUAUGGAGAGAGUGGAGAGGCCUGAAAGCUAUAAACAAUGGCAAAUUCGAACACAAAGGGCAGGAUUCGAGCAACUUGGAUUAGACCGGGAACUAUUGAGGAAAGCAAGGGCUAUGGUUAGAACAAGUUUUAGACAAGAAUUUAGCUAUGAUGUAGAUGCUUACUGGGUGGUCCAAGGAUGGAAAGGAAGGAUCUUGUAUGCCAUUUCUUGUUGGAAACCAACAUAAUAACCUUUCUUUUUAUUUUUUCUACGGACUACUUUUUUUACCUGUCAUUUUCUUCACUGGUUAGUCUUUCUAGUUAAAUGCCAAUACUCAAAUACGUCAUACGUCAUACGUCAUACGUCAUACGUCAUAGGUCCAGCUUAUUGUACUGCUCUUAAGCUCUUUCUUUGUUAGUGCGUUCAUUUUUGUACGCUUGUAUUGAGUAGAUGAUUAAUCAAGUUUCUUACGUACUACUACUUUCUUAGUAUUCUUUUUUUACACAC